AUGGUGAACAUAAGAGAUGCAGUUGAGCCACAAAUAUUUUGGUAUUUGAGAAAUGGAACUUCAAGUUUCUGGUAUGAGAAUUGGACAAGGCUUGGGGCACUUUAUUAUAUCAUUCCUGAUGCUGCUAGAGAAGAAGAGAUAGAGGUUAGACAAUUUGUGGAAAAUGGCCAAUGGAACAUGAAACUGUUAACAAAUACUCUAGAUCAGGAAUUGGCUCAGCAUAUCAAGGAUAACAUCAAAGUUCCAGAUGGUGAAGAAGAUGAUGAACCAUAUUGGAUGUUGGAAACAAAUGGCAAAUUCUCAGUUAAAUCUACAUGGGAAUUUCUCAGGCAUAAAGAGAGCAACAAACCAGCUAUAGGCUCAUAA